AAAGUGCUUUUCACGACGUCGCUCUUGGUUCACUUUUCAUCGCGAAAAAAUGGUGGACGUGGCCGAUGGUUGAGAAGUCGUCGCGGAUUAAUUUAAUUUCCUAGUGGCUAAACGGAACCUUUCCGAGGAUUAUAUUGCGGGCCCGUGUUUUGUCCGAUUUCGGGGGCAUCGAUUGUGUGUGAAUUCCGUGUGCUGGGAGCGGUUUCCUGGGCGGAAACAGUGACUUGUUGUUUGCCUUUAGGGGGGUGAAAGUGUUUUUUUUUUUUUCGUUGCAAAAUCUGUUUUUCUCUGCGGGCUGAGUCCCAGAAGUGAGGUGGAGAACCGUGCAAAAUGUCCGAAGUGGUGGUCAAGGGAGGAGGGGCCAGUGGCGCUGCAGCAGGCCCGCCUGCGGCCAGUUCCGCUGCUGGAGGUGGUGCCACAGCGGCCACCCAAUCCGAACCCGACAUGAAGGGUUGGCUGCUCAAGUGGACAAAUUACCUCAAGGGUUACCAGAAGCGGUGGUUCGUUUUGUCCAAGGGAGUGCUGUCCUAUUACAGGGCUGAACACGGAGCCGGAGCGAACGCAGGGGGCAGAGGUGCCGGGGGCAAAUUAUCUAUACGACGUCGCAGGAAAGGCCCCCGAGCGGAGAGCAAAGGAUCCAUGAUGCAAUGCAUUCGGGCACCUCACUCGCCCACUAGGCUACUGGCUUCCCCACCCGAAUCGAAAAAAGACCGAAAGAAAAGCAAAAAGAAUCAAGCGGAGAUGACACACACCUGUCGCGGUACAAUAUCCCUCCACGGGGCCCUCAUCCACACCGUGGAUUCGUGCACCUUUGUGAUAUCGAACGGCGGAACCCAGACGUUCCACAUAAAAGCUGCCAACGAGGUGGAACGGCAGUCCUGGGUGACGGCGUUGGAGCUGGCCAAAGCAAAAGCAAUACGAGCCAUGGAAAGCGACGAAGAGGAGGAGGACACGGCGGCCAACACGAUACCGAGCGAGGAGCUGAACCUGGUGGUGCGGGAGUUGACCGUCCGGCUGGAGAACCUAAAGACGUGCUACGAUCUAAUUACGAAGCACGGUUCGGCGCUGCAACGAGCCUUGAACGAGCUGGAAUCCGGCGAAGACCUACCCAACAAGACGAAAAUUGUCAGCGAACGGGCCACGCUGUUCCGGAUAUCAUCGAAUGCAAUGAUUAAUGCGUGUUCCGAUUACCUGCAGACGGCGCAAACCCAGGGCCACAAGUGGUCCAAGAUGCUGCAGCACGAGCGCGACCAGAAGCUGCAUCUGGAGGAGAUGGUCGAGCAGCUGGCGAGGCAGCACUCGCACCUGGAGCAGGCAGCGCACCGUCACCGACCGAACGCCACCACUUCCGCCUCCGACGACGAGGAUAAUGAGUUCUACGACGCACAAGAAGAAGGUGGUUCCGUCGCUUCCCAGGAAGACAGCUCGUUCAUACUGAAGAUUCCGGUCGCGCACCACCACCACCACCGGCGCAACUCCAACGACGCUACGGGUAGCUCCUCCGAGGGCGAAGACGGCAAUAGUGAAACACAGCAAGUAUUAGUAGUCACCGAUAACCUAGACAAUAUGGACGUGACGGAUAGAAUAUCUGUAAAUAGUAGUCAAGCACUAACACCAACGCUUUCCAACAACAACCAGUCCACGAAGGUGGCGCGGACGCGCCGAUUGCGCGUCCCCGACAAGCCCAACUAUCCGCUGAACCUGUGGUCAAUCAUCAAGAACUGCAUCGGCAAGGAUCUGUCCAAGAUCCCGAUGCCGGUCAACUUUAACGAGCCGCUGUCGAUGCUGCAAAGAUUAACGGAAGAUUUCGAGUACUCGGAAAUCCUGGACAAGGCCGCCCAGUGCAAGGACGCCUGCGAACAGCUCGCGUACGUGACCGCAUUUACCAUCUCGAGCUACUCGACGACGAGCAACCGCACCGGCAAGCCGUUUAACCCGCUGCUCGGCGAAACGUACGAGUGCGACCGGACGGAUGACCUCGGGUGGCGAUGCGUCAACGAGCAGGUGUCCCAUCAUCCGCCGAUGGCGGCCCAGUACUGCGAGGGACGCGGCUGGCGAUGCUGGCAGGAGUUCACGAUGACGUCCAAGUUCCGCGGCAAGUACAUCCAGAUCGUUCCGCUGGGGUACGCCCACGUGGAGUUCCCCGCCACCGGUAACCGGUACACGUGGCGCAAGGUCACGACCACGGUGCACAACAUAAUCGUGGGCAAGCUGUGGGUGGACAAUCACGGCGACAUGGAGAUCUUUGGCGAAAAGAGCGCCAAGGGGGUCAAGUGUCAUCUGAAAUAUCUGCCCUAUUCGUACUUUACGCGGGACACCCAGCGCCGGGUCAAGGGCGUCGUCAUGGAUAACGCGAGCCAGGUCAAGUGGGUCAUCAACGGCACCUGGGACAGCAAGAUCGAAAUCGCCCCGGUCACCUCGACCAGCGGUUCGGCGGAGAAUCCCGUCUUCAAGACGGGCAACUACAAGACGGCCUGGAACCGGCGGUUACCGGCCAGCGACUGCGAAAAGUACUACAACUUUACGACGCUCGCCUGCCAGCUGAACGAACCGGAGCCGGACGUCGCGCCGACGGAUUCGCGGCUGCGGCCCGACCAGCGGCUCAUGGAGGACGGCAAGUGGAACGAGAGCAAUGGCGAAAAAUUAAGACUGGAAGAGAAGCAACGAGCGCGGCGGCGCGAGCGGGAAGCCGAAGCGGAGAAGGCCGCCGCCGAGGGCCGACCCUACCCGCCGUACGAGCCGGUGUGGUUCGACAAGCGCAAGGAGGACGGCACCGACCAGCUGGUGCACGUCUUCAAGGGCACCUACUGGGACGCCAAGGCGAAACAGGACUGGUCCAAGAGUCCGGAUAUUUUCUAAGCGGGUGUUCUACUGUUCGAAACCCGCUUCGUAGAUUCUUGUGAGUGAGUGCGCGCGAGUGGCUGAGAACGUGAGUGACUGGGAUGAGUGCACGCGAGUCGCGUCGUUGCCAUGCAGGGUUAAUUAAAAGUGAGUUGAGUGCGAGGCAACUACAAAAACGAAGGUUUUAUCCGCAAUUCAUGCUGUUUAAUUUAACGAAAAAGAAUGAAACAAACUUUAAGCUACGCCAAUGUGUUACAUCUUUUAGGAUUCAAAACGCUGAUUGUUUACCCCCUCCCUAGAGUAACGAUGAAUAAAUGCAGCAGCUGAUGCGAUUAUUCUUCCUAAACGUUCUGUUGUUCUGUUGAUUCGUUUACCAAAAAAGUGUACAUUUACUCUGUUAUAUAUGUAUGAUAACUUUAUUUCUCAGUAAGAGUUGAAAAUAUGCCUGGUUAAUGUGACUAUUUAUAAAGAAAAAAAAGCAAAAACGUAACGAGACAACACAAACAAACAAAAAAAACUAUACAACUCGAGCGAACUGGAAAGCGGUCUCCCAUAUUGAUAUGAUAGCAUUCAAAUGAUAAUUGUGACAUCUUCUCUUUGAGAAGCAACUAAGAAAACAUUUUGGGAUAACUUUACCUAAGAAAAAAAAAACUAUUGCUAUUUCUAGUGAAAACACAACAAAAAAAACCUAAUUAUUACUACUAAACUGAAAGUGAAAACCACGAAUAGAUUGGUGAAAGCAUAAACUAAUGAAAAUAUACUACCUUUAAUGUUUCCAAAUGGUGCAAAGGUUUUUGUUUUCUCUUUCUUUUAGUGAGACGUCCAGUUUGAGUUUUAGAGAUAGCAAAAGAUACAAAAUCAAUCCAAUUUAUGUUAGACUUUCGCGACGCUAAACGCUAAAUAGCAAACAAUUUUUAACGAUUCAAUAGUCUUCUGGCUUGUUCAUACUGUUAAAACACACACACACACCCUAUUAAGAACUAUAUGUAUAAACUCCAUGCAAAAUAAAAAAAAAACAGAGCAAAGCAAAAACCCCUCUCUAUGGCAAAGAAAUAAACAAAAUAAUCAAUCCGUCAUAAAAAAACACUCAGUUUACGGUGGUGCAGAGAUAAAAUUACAAAACACAACUGAAGCAAAAUAAUAGCGAAUAAACGAAGGUAACUAAACUAAACUGUUAGAUAAAAAAAAUAGUUAUGAUAAUUGACAAACGAUUAAAUUAAAGCAAAAGCAAACAAAAAAAGGGAAAA